GCACCACCACACGCUGGCUCACUGUACCAUCGCAAACUUCCCACCAAUGGAAAUGGCCUCUCACACCGUCCUCUCCCUUCUCCUCCUCCUCCCUUUCCUCUUCGCCGCGGCAGCCGACGUCGCCCCUGGUCCAUCCCCACCCGGGGAGCUCAACCUGACCGGCAUCCUUGAAAAUGGCGGGCAGUACUCGACGCUGCUCCGCCUCCUGCAGACCACCCGGAUCGCCCAGCAGCUCACCGAGCAGCUCAAGAACUCGUACGACGGCCUGACCUUCUUCGCGCCCAACGAUGACGCCUUCACCAAGCUCAAGACGGGCACGCUCAACGGCCUCUCCGACCAGCAGAAGAUCCAGCUGCUGCUUUACCACGUCCUGCCCCGGUACUACAGCGUCACCACCUUCCAGACGGCCAGCAACCCGCUGCCCACCGAGGGGUCGGGCCCCGGCGGCAUGUACACCGUCAACGUGACCACCACCACCAGCAGCCACCUGGUGAACAUGUCCACGGGCGUCGUCGACGUGCCCAUCAGCAGCACGCUCGUGGCCAGGUUCCCGCUCGCCGUCUACUCCAUCGACGCCGUGCUCCUGCCGGAGCAGCUGUUCGGCGCGUCGCGCAAGGCGGUUGCGCCGGCGCCCGCGGGGCAGGCUGCUGGAGCGGCGGCUGGGAAGGCGGCAGCGCGGAAGAAGGGUGGUGUCCCGAAGAGCGACGUGGCAGCGGAGCCGUCGGCAGCGGGGAAGGAGACAGAAGACAGCACGAAAGCGGCGGCGGCUUGUAGAGGGAUGAGUGCGGGGUGGACGACGAUUGCUGCUUUUGCUCUCAUGGCCGUUGUCAAUCUGGUCGGCGCUUGAGAAGUGUGUUUGCUUGUGUCUCUUUGUAAUUUACGUCUUAUUUCGCCAUCUUCCAGUUACUAAUAAGUUUACUUAUGUCAUGGUUUUGUACGUAAUAUUGUGAUAAAUGAUGAUAUGAUUCACUUGUACUUAUAAGCAGCU